UGGCGGUACGGCCUCUCUGAUUUUCCCCCUCAAAGCUCUUCGAUUACCUCAUUUUUGUUCUUGUUUGUGAUCUGGGUCUCACUUACUUUUCUCAAUUUCUCUUCUGUUUGUUACAUUUACGGUGCUCUUUUUCUGGUUCGUUACUCGUAGUGUGCACUGUUGGUCUUUGGGUGGUCUAAAAUUCUUCUUUUUGUUUUCUUUCACAUCUUUAUUGUUUUGCUAAAGGGUUGCUGAUUUAACCCUUUUGAAGCUUGAGCAUGAAGUGAAAGGAGUUUGAUUGUAAGUUUAUGAUGUGUUUGAGUGAAUGAGUGUAUGUGAGUGUGUGUGUAUUAUGAUGGUAAUGAUUCUUUUGACCAUAUAGAAAGGGAUCAGAUAAAGCAAAGUGAAAAGGGAACUGUGUGUGUACUAUAAAGAGAGGAUUGUUGCUUGUGAUUCUCAAUGAGAGAAAACUUUGGGGGUUUUUAUUCUUCUCUUUUUAUCCUUUAUCCACACAUCUCAAGUGCAAGCUAGAUGUAAUGUGCCUUGAAGGGUGCUUGUCAGUUCAGUGAUUUUUGGGUGGGUAUUUUAUACUUCGGGUUUGGUUUUCUUUCAAAAGGGGGUUUCAGAAAUGCCUAUGUUUCAGCCCUCCAAGAGGGAUGGGGUUGUUGGGUAUGAGGGUGGUGGAGAUGGGCAUGUUCUAGAUCUGGAUACUGCUGUCAAAGACGGGGUUUUGGGUAGUGUUGGUGGUGGGGUUGUGGGAGCUGGUGUCGGAGAGAAAUUGGAUCUCAAGAAGAUGAUUGAGGAGCUCGACUUAUCCGAGGUUCCCUCUGUAUUUAUCUGCCCAAUCUCCCUUGAACCAAUGCAAGACCCUGUGACCCUUUGCACUGGCCAGACAUAUGAGAGGUCCAACAUUCUCAAAUGGUUCACCCUAGGGCACUUCUCCUGCCCCACCACGAUGCAAGAGCUUUGGGACGAUUCGGUCACGCCGAAUAGGACCCUUUACCAUCUGAUUCACACUUGGUUUACUCAGAAGUAUUUACUCAUGAAGAAGAAAUCGGAAGACGUACAGGGAAGGGCGUCAGAGCUUCUCGAAACGCUAAAGAAGGUCAAGGGUCAAGCUAGAGUUCAAGCCCUCAAGGAGCUCCGACAAGUUGUGGCAGCUCAUGCCACCGCUAGGAAGAGAGUGAUUGAUGAAGGAGGGGUUGCUGUGAUUUCAUCAUUACUGGGUCCAUUUACAUCCCAUGCUGUUGGUUCCGAAGCCAUUGGGAUUCUUGUAAAUUUGACCCUGGAUUCAGAGUCCAAAACGAACUUGAUGCAACCUGCAAAGAUUUCGUUAAUGGUGGAUAUUUUGAAUGAGGGCUGCAUCGAGACGAAAAUCAAUUGUACACGGUUGAUUGAGAUGCUGAUGGAAGAGAAGGGUUUCAGGUCAGAGAUUGUUUCGAGCCAUAGCCUCUUGGUUGGUUUGAUGAGGUUAGUGAAGGAUAAGAGACAUCCACAUGGCAUCUUGCCCGGACUUGGCCUCCUUAGGACAAUAUGCUUGCAUAAGGAAGUAAGGAGCUUGAUUGUGAGCAUAGGGGCUGUUCCUCAAUUGGUUGAAUUGUUGCCUGCUUUGAAUCCUGAUUCAUUAGAAUUAGCCCUUUUCGUCUUGGAUGCAUUGUCUACUCUACAGGAGGGAAGAUUAGCUUUGAAGGACUGUUCGAAUACCAUUCCGAAUAUGGUGAGGCUAUUAAUGAGGGUUUCAGAGAGCUGUACUCAGUAUGCAUUAUCAAUUUUAUGGUCUGUAUGCAAACUUGCCCCUGAAGAAUGCUCUUCCAUUGCUGUGGAUGCGGGUCUGGCGGCAAAGCUCCUCCUUGUGAUUCAAAGUGGUUGCAAUCCUGCCCUGAAGCAGCAGUCUGCAGAGCUUUUGAAGCUAUGUAGUCUAAAUUACUCGGAUACAAUCUUCAUCUCCAAGUGCAAGCUCACAAGAACUAUUCAAUGAAUGGGGAGUUUUUACUUUGUACUAUACACUAGCCUUCAAAUCUUUGGGGUAAGGAGGUAAAGGACCUGCCACAUCUAAGCACACAGAUGAACGCCAACAAAUGUGGUGGGGGUUUUGAGCUGCGCGUUUACUCUCCUGUACAUAGUGAAGUAUUUCAAUUCCAACAAUUGAUUCAACAUAAAUGAAGAGCCAGAAUGUAGAGAGCAACACACCUUGCUGUAAAUGGUUCUCUUUGCGUAGUGCUCUCGCCAAUGGUUUUCAAAUAAACCCCAUCAAGAAGAUCAUAAAACUCAUUAUUGGGGUACCUUGUGAGAAGAAGUAAUGCUGUUGUUGGAUAAAGAUACUUGUUAGGGGAGGAAAAUAUGUUGCAAAUUUUGGAGCUUGCAAUUACAAUUGUAAUUCUUUAGUUGUUGCUCUGCUCCAUGGCUUCCUUGAAUCUUCCUUCAGGUCACAGAGGCUUCCAGUUUUCCUUGCAAUUGAGGUGGGAGUUUUGCUUCUGACCCCACACGUGUAGGGACUGGAGUGCCUUUGGCCUUCAAACUUUAUUCAGUGUACAAUGACAUCUCAACCAUUUCAUUUUC